UCUUCGCACGUCGUUGCGAGAAGAACUUACAUGGAUGUUGAUCGAGGUAUUACACUAUUAGUAAGCAGAAAAUAUAUUGCAAUUAAAAUAAACGAAAAAAGAAUGCGGUAAAAAUUACGAUUAUUAACUACAUAUACGGUUUUUUCUAAUUUAUCGUGUAACAUAUACAUAUAUACAUGCAUACAUACAUGCAUACAUGCAUACAUACAUACAUACAUGCAUACAUAUAUGUGUUAUUUUAUAUUUAAUAUUAAACCAUUAAUCAUAAAUAUAUCUCGAUCGAUGCGACGCACACAAAGUUUCCUAUGUGGAUUACGCUUGCGGUUGGAAUCGAAAAAUUAUGAAGUUCAUGGGGAUUUGGCCGGACGAAAGAGGAUUCGCCAAUGCGUCCAGCUACAAAGUGUUAUUCCCGAUCGGUUUCAUGUUUCUCUUUAUUACCUUACCACAAACAACCAAUCUCUACUUCAUUUGGGGUGAUUUCGAAUUGAUCGUGGAGAAUCUAUCGGUGGGAAACAUGACUACCACAAUUGCUAUUUUGAAGACAGCAACUUUUUGGUCCAACGGGAGAUCUAUGAAAGUACUUCUGUCGCAUAUGGAAAAUGAUCGAAAAGAAGCUACAGCCGAGGAGAACGUUAGAAAGAUGACGAGAAUCGCUGAUAUCAGCAGGAGGAUAACAGCUGGAAGUAUCAUUAUGUGUAACUUUGUUGCCGGUACUUACGUGACAUUUAGAACCCUUCUGUUACCAUAUACCGGACGAGUUUUGUAUUAUCGUGCUUAUUUUCCAUACGAUACCGGAAUUUUUCCUAAAUUUGAACUAACUCUGAUUGGCCAAAUUACAGCUGCACUUUACGUAGCCAAUAGUUACACAGCCGUCGAUACUUUCAUGACCAUGUUGAUGUUACACGUGUGCGGACAAAUUUCCUGUCUCAGAAAAAAACUAUCCAAGCUGUGUUGCGAAAGUAACAAUAAUUUUAGAAUCGAUCUAGCAAGGAUUGUGGAAAAGUACGAUAUGCUUAACAGAUAUGCUGAGACAAUCGAGGAUAGAUUCAACGGCAUGCUGCUCAUCCAAAUGCUUAGCUGUACGGUACAACUUUGCGUUCAAUCGUAUCAAGCGAUUUCGGCUCUCGUGGAUGACGAUCAAGGUCUCUUGGCGGUCCGACUAUUCUUUUUCGGUAUAUACACUACAUACGUCAUGCUUCACAUCUAUCUGUAUUGUUACGUCGGUCAGAAGCUUUUUUCUGAGGGAGCGAAAAUGGCUUAUGCCGCGUACGAUUGCAGCUGGUACAAUUUGUCACCGAGCGAAGCUAGAUGUCUUACUAUAAUAAUGUGUCGAGCACAAAUAUCGUCGCGCAUUACAGCAGGAAAAUUUUGUUCCUUCAAUCAUGAGCUUUUUGGCAAGAUUUUAAAAACAUCCAUGGGUUACUUGUCGGUGCUAUACGCGAUGAAGACCAAAGAUGACGAUUAAAAUGAUCGAAAAAGCGAAUUAUCUGAAAUGAAGUUGAAUGAUUCUUGAAUUCUUUGAAAAAUGAUACUAUUUAUUUAAAUGCAACGAUAUAACACGAUCAUACGUCUUUUUGUCAAAUUUUUAUCGAUUUGUAUCCUGAAGUCCAAUAUCACGAAAUAUUUACCCCAGGUAAAACGACGCGUCGUCGAUAAAAAAAAAUGUUUUUAUAAAUCUCUCAAAUAGUGACCACGAGAGUUAAGCGAAGUUACAAGUGACAAGGGGUUUAGAAAUUCUUACCAUAGAGGGAUCUGUUUAAAAGUAUUUUACGCAUAAGUAUAUAUCUUACGAACGGAUAAAAAAUUUCUAAUUUUUAGGGCAAGUCAAUAUAAUCUAAAAUAAUCAUUGAUCAUAACCCAUUACGCUUGUUCU